CGGAAGUGGAUCUCUCUAUCAUCCACGAACACAAAGGUCCAUCUCUAGCUCAUUAGCCAGUACACGAUUCCCCGACCAAAAAUAAGUAAAUCCAGAUCGGAUGGCCGAGCAGGGGAGCAAGGCGCCGAGCUGGUGGAGGAGGUUCCGGUGGCUAUACGCGGCGCGGUGCACGGUGGCGUGCGUGGUCACCCUGGUGGCCGUGGCAGUGAUCGUUCGGGCAGUGGUGGUGAUGCUCCGCCCCGAGAAGCUCCAGCUGAAGCUCGCCGGCGGCCGCGUGGCUGUCGACUACAUCCCGUCACUGCCGCCACCGCGCAACGUCGUGGUCUUCACGGUCCUCCUCAGGGCCAACAACCCCGGCGGGCGCGCCACCAUUGUUUACGCCAACGUCACCGUCCGGCUCACGGACGCGUCGGCGGGACCUGCUGCGACGAUCACCGAGUUCGACCUGCCGCAGCGCAUCGACGUGGCGCAGCGUAUGGCGCACGAGGCGACCGCGGUGGCCAGGCUGGAGCCGGGGGAGGACCUGCCGAUGAGGUACGUGCGCACGCUCUAUGAGGGGCGCGGCGUGGCCGGCGCGGAGAUGGAGCUGAGCGGGGUCUUGUCCACCCACACGGCGAUGGCCACCACCAGCGUCCUCACCACGUACUACUGCUGGCCGGUGACCAUCGCCGUCGUCGCAGGCGACUCCGCCGCCGACGUGCCCUGCUUCGACAAGCUGGACGCACCGGCCCAUGUGUGAUCAAUCAAGCGGGCGGGCAAGGCUACAGAUCGACCUAGCUAGCUUGGUACCUACUGUACCUAUCUGUAAACUGUAUUGUAGUAAGCUCGAGUUAUUUGCGUUGAUGCCUGCCAUGCCGAGUUAUUUGCGUUGAAUUAACUCUAGCUGCAGUGCAGCAGCGUGACUACGAACAUAUAUUUACCUGCC